GUGCCCACGAUCUUAAAUCGCUUCCCCUUUUCCCUCCGACGGAUUCUCCGGGAAAGGAAUCCGAAUCCGGGUUAACUGUUUCCCGGCGUCUUCUAAGGGUGGCUGUAGGGCUGUCUGGACACCUGCGGAGUGACCCGCCGCCAUCUCCGUUGGGAAACAAUGGCAUCUCUCUUUAAGGAUCUAAGCAAGAUUUCAGCAUACAGAGAUAGAAGGUUUCAGGGUACACAGGAAGAGUUUGAUGAAGCACUUCUGAAAUCAACUACUGUCUAUGUGGGGAAUAUGUCCUUCUAUACGACUGAGGAGCAAGUGUAUGAGUUGUUCUCUCGUGCUGGAGAGAUAAAAAAGAUAAUUAUGGGUCUCGACAAAAACAGCAGAACUCCCUGCGGUUUCUGCUUUGUAAUGUACUACUCUAGAGAAGAUACAGAAGACUCAGUUAAAUAUAUAAGUGGGACAAUCCUUGAUGAUCGUCCCAUUCGGGUAGAUUUUGAUUGGGGUUUCCAGGAAGGGAGACAGUGGGGUCGUGGUAGAAGUGGUGGGCAAGUUCGUGACGAAUAUCGCACUGACUAUGAUCCAGAUAUCCUUUUGAAAGUUGCAAAGUUUAUCUUUAAAGUUUUUACUUAUGUUUAUCUUCAUGCUUUAAUUUCUAUAUUACUUGAAUGCUUGAGAGUUCAAGGUGAGAGUUGUGUCAUACUUGAAUGGAAUCUAAUUAUUAAAAUACGUAGGGGUGGUUAUGGAAAGUUGGUCCAGAAAGAGUUGGAAUCUCAAAGAGAACUAGUGGAUUAUGGCACUGGAUCGUUGGGGAACUUUGGACCAAUUAUGCCACCUCAAUAUGGUCGGCAUGGUGGACAUCAUGGCAAUGGAGGUUCUUAUCGACAGGGCAGAGAUUACCAACGCAAGCGGAAUCGUGAUGAUGGCCGGCCUAGACUUGAUUACUCCAAGAGAGUUUACCGCCGUGAACCUGCCAAAGAUUCAGACCAUGAAGCUAGACCGGAGAAGAAUCCACGGUUCCGCGAGAGUGGUGACUCCGAUGAUGAGGACGAGGAUGAUCGCAAGAGAUCCCAUUAGCCGAUUCUUUUCGGCUUUGAUUUCUUUCCUUUUUUUCUUCCCAUGCUGAUAUCCAACACUCUUCUUGGGUAUAUUAGCAUAAGUCGUAGCAUUUCUAGGGGCAUUUGUUGUUUGGGUUUGCAUUAGACUUGGAAAUGAUUGUGACCUCCAUGGAUGAUGAUGCUGUGAACCUCUUCUCCAUAGCCUUGUAACUUAAAUAUUUCAGAUUUUUUAUUUUUAGCAUAAUUGAAACUUCUAAGCAUCUCCUGUAAAAAAAAUUCAGAAUUUUUCGUGACAGUCUUUUGAAAAUACUCCCUAGUCUCUCUACUUUCUAGUAGGGGG